AUGCUUCGACUAUCCCUUAGCGAAGCAGCAGCAGCAACAACAGCAAUAGGGCCUCCUAUUGCUGUCUGCCCCUGGUCGAACGACUUGUAUGCACACCGUCUCCUUAUUCGUGGGAGACCAUUGAAUCCAUACGAACCACCAGCUGCUUCAGAAGCAGCUUCUUCUUCAGGUAUUUCAACAGCUGCUGCAGCUGGCGAUGCCCUACCAAGAGCCAUCCAGCAGCAGCAAGAGCAGCGGCAAGUAAAUUCUCCUGUAUCGUCCCAUAACACGAGAUCUAUUCCUCCUGAGAGACCCACCGAUUUGGGCUCAAGGGCAGAUGAACGAGGCAGUCGUGGCAGUAGUCCUAACUUGGACGCUGAUGCCGCCGCCGCUGCCGAGGCGGCAGCAGGAGGCAGCAACCAUCACGUUCGCUCCCAAAUGAUUUCGCUGUCUCCGUUAGGAAUAAAUGACUCAGUACUGCUGCGCCCGAAGGGUCCUGGGAAAGCAAAUCAUGCAAACACCUUACGUACUGGGGACCCCUCCUCACAUACACGGGGAGAAUCCCCGCAUGCAGGGGUCCCCUUUUCAGAACCUGCAGAUGCAGGCGCACAGCUAGCUGGAAAUGAGAAAAGAUUGCAGGAGGAGAUUCAGGUGCAGUCGGGAUCGGGAGGGUGUCGUGAGGCCCUCGGGCGUGAACACCAAAAUGAGUUGGGUGUACGCGCAGAUUCUCAUAAGGAGGCAGGCGCCACGGGCACGCAGCGUGGAGGGCGUCUGCCUGACCCCACUCAUGCUGUCUCCCCUCAAAUAGCUGGAGACAAUUUCAAAACGAGGCUCAAACAAGGGUAUGUGGAAGGAGGUGCUUCUACUUCAGUGCGGGGGACAGGAUUGGGUGCGGGACCGGAUCCCGUAGGCACCGCUUUGAAGGUCUUAGACCCGGACGAUGUACUGACAGUAGCGGAGCAGCUGGAGGCCUCUGAAGGCACAACAGAUGCAGGAGGAGCAGAAGGUGUCGGGGUAACUGCGCCUGGGGGGCCCAGGAGCGUGAUGAAGCCUCCACUGGAUUUUACUCAAUAUGCUUCUUUUCGCGUAGACGACUUGGGGCUUCCAGGUUUUGCUGGAGUCGAUCUGUCUCAGGAGACAGGGGCGUUUGCCGUUUCCGUGGGAUGCGGGUACUUCAACGACCCAAAGGGUCUCCCCGGUCUGGCGCAUGCACUGGAGCAUGCGGUGUUUCUUGGAAGCGCGCUGCAGCCGGAGCUGAAGGGGUGGGACGAGUUCUUAAGUAGCCGAGGAGGAAUACACAACGCACACACGAAGCCUCACAUCACUACCUUUUACGUCUCUGCUCCCUCAAGGCAUCUUCCUGAACUCUUCAACGUCUUCCUUGACCAUCUCUUCAGCCCUCUUCUCCUCCCCGAGCAACUGGAGGCCGAGGUGAUGGCUGUGCAGUCGGAGCAUGACAAGAACACGCCGGACUUGGAGCGUGUGGCGCUACACCUGGCGCUGCAGUACUUGCAAGACUCGGGGACACAGGAGGUAGCUGCAGGUGGAGGUAGCGAAGCAGAAAACAGAGAAGAGUCCCAGGUGCCUCCCGUGUCUGCAAAGUUCGGGACUGGCAACUUGGAGACACUUUGCAGUCGCCCGAAGAGGGAAGGAAUCGACGUACUGGCAUCUAUGAGGCGCUUCCACUCCAAGUGUUAUGUACCUGCCAACAUGGCUGUUUCCUUCAGGAUGGGCCGAAUUGAAGGGGAUAUAAGCCAGCAACAGCAGGACCAGUAUGGGUUGUGGGAGGUAAUUGAGUUGGUCUCUGCUGCUGUCAGGGGGAGGGCCCCGCUGCUGGCAAGGUCUUCAACUGCGGCAUCGCAAACAAGUCUUCUGCAGCGUCCGAGAGUUUCUCAGGAGACACGAGAGGCACACCAGGAGAUUCCUGCAGAGGCCGGCAAGGCAGCACCUCACAAAUCGGGAGCGACAUCUCGCGAAGGAGACGGUCCCCCGACCCCUGACCACGUUUCCAAAGGAGGCAAAGGUAGAGACGGCGGAGGGAGGCAGCCUGAGGGAGUCAUGCUGCGCCUCGUGCGCGCUCACGGAUGGCGGAGGAGGUUGUUUAUUUUCUGGAGUGCCCCAGCUAACUUGGAGACACAGUUGGUGGAGCUGCAGUGUCAGCCGUCGUCUUUGCUGCAGUAUCUGCUGGAGCAUCCCGUUAAAGGGGGUCUCCUUGAGACCCUAAAGGAGAAAGAGUACAUAUCGAAGGGGGAAGCGUUUACGGACAUGACUUCACGCAGCUCAAUUUUGGGGCUUGUCUUGGACUUGACAGAGAAAGGGGAAUCGAACGUAACUGAGUUGCUGGGUUCGGUGCACGCGUUUGUGGAGAAGAUGGCGGAGGCGCUUACGGAUGAUUCGUUUGUAGCAGAGUACUUUGAGGCAUACAAACACCUCAACAGUCUACUGUGGAGGGCCUCUGACCCGCUAGGACCUCUGGAUCAGGUCGUAGUUGCUGCAGAAGCGACGCUGCAGUUCCCCAGCCGACCGGAUUUGGCGUUGGCUUCCGGGUUUUGUCUGUCUCCUCCACCGAAGGAGACAUUGCUGACCCAUGUGCGCCGCCUAUGGCUGGCAAUGGCUUCGGGUAAGCAUGUGGUGGUUCAAACGCAUGUAAAUGGGAAGGAAGAAGCGUUGGGGGCUGUAAAGGAGCUGCCUGAGUACGGCGUCAAGUAUUCUGUCUCCAAAUCACCGUGGACUCAGAGGGCCACUGUGGAGAAGACUCACGAGGGUGUCUUACAGGGCCCUCAUUUGACUGUUCCCAAGCCCCUUGCCUGUAACGUUACCGUGGGGCCCCUAGUGCAGCACCCUAUCCCAGCUAUCUGUGCAGCAACGGGUGCCCGUUUGCCGAAGUUAGCUUCAGACAAGGAGCCAGAAGACACUUGGAGACAGCAGAACCUACGACGUAGGCCGGCUGUGCCUCCCUGUGUGCUGCUGUCUGACGAAAGCACGAGUGUCUUGUGGCACAACGGGGAGCCUUUCAACAAACCCAUUGUCCGCUUUUUUGCUAGGGCCCGAGUGUCUUCAGCCUUCUCUACAGCGUUGUAUGAUGCCCUAGGGAAAAUAUUUACUCUAAUCCUUGCAGAAAAGGCCAAACUGCAUCUUGCACACCUCCAUGGAUGCGGCGUCGACCUCGUUGUCGCCUAUACAGGUGGCUCACUAGUCUUUGAGCUCCAGGUAGCUUCUUUUGCUGCUCUUUCUACUGGUGCUCCAGUUCCCGAUGUUGCUACCUUCUCUGUUGGUUCUUCUUCCUCUGCAGGUCUUCCUACAGCCUGGCCAGCUGCUGCACCUGCUGCACCUGCAUAUGCUAUUGGUGUGGUGUCUUUGAGCUCCUUAUUUGAGGAAGUUACUGAGGGGUUGGGCUUGAUCUUUAAGAAGACGGUGGCGGAGGUAACUGAGGAGGAGUUCAACAGGACAGCAGCUCAACUGGUGGAGGAGACGAGGGACUUUUCUGGCUCUACGGCAUAUGAGCUAGCGCUGGAUGUCGCGCUGAGUAUUGUUCGAUUUGGUCGUUUCUCCCAGUUUGACAUGCAGGAGCAGCUUCGUUCGCCAGCAUUGAGCUAUAAGAACUUUCAGGACUUUGUGUCAGGGGCAAUGCUCCGAAGCGCAGUGGACUGUCUGCUCAUGGGAGAUAUAUCUCCAAGCCAAGCAGAGUCCGCGGCGCUUAAGUUCGUGGAACAAAUCCGCCACGAACCUCUCCCGUACACGCAAGCCGCAAGCAGCAAGUCUUUGAAUUUGCGGCGUGACGUGGAAGUGUCUCUGCGCAAUCCGAUCCCCGGAGACGUGAACAGUGCAUUCGUGGCUCUGUAUGUGGCCGAUCCGCCAGAUGUCCUUGAAUCCGUGUUGUAUUCCACCGUUGGGGAGAUGUUGAGGGCCCCGUUCUUCGACACGCUUCGCACAGUUAACAUGGAUGGCUAUGUUGCUGCAGCAGCUGUUACCGAACUUCCCCCAGUUGUAGCCCUAAGUACCGUCGUGCAAAGCUCCGUGAGGACUCCGACGGAACUAGAAGAGCACGUCUGCAGCUUUCUCCAUGGGAUGAGCAAUGGUUUAACAAGUGCCUUGAGCCCCGCCGAAUUCAGGCGCAGAAUGCUGUGGGAAGUACGUGGCCGCCUGGCGCGAGAACAGGCCACAUUCGACGGUUUCUUCUCCGGAGCUGUUUCUCAAGUUUCUACCCGCGCUUUCUGUUUCAUCAAAUCUGAGCUGGCAGCAGUGGCAUCGCAGCACUUUGUGCAGUGUCCUGAGUCUUUGAGGGAAUACUUCAAUAAGUUGGUACUUGGGCCUUCGAGGCAGAGGGUAACUGUGAAGAUGGAGGCGGCUAGUCCGCGCAUUUCUUCACCCGUAGGGAAAUCUACAUGCAGUUUUGGGGGCGCGUCUCCAGUUGCAGGGACCCUGGAGGGUCCCCGGGGUCCCCAAAGCCCCGUAGCGGAGGGCCCCCUUGAAAAACCAGGAAAGCAGCGGCAGGGUCCUCUUACGGAAAGUUUACAGCCCCAUGGGCCCACGACGGGGCGCAGUGGAGACGCACGAAACAGUCGCGAGACUGCCGGCCCCUCAUCGUCUACCAGUCCCCUCUAUUCGCUGGAGAACCCCGACGAGGGGCUUGUGAUUGCACGAGCUGGAGAGGAGACAGGAGAUGCCCCCAGCAGCGAACCAGAACGCCAUGAAGACAGCCGCAUUGUCACGGUUGGGCUUUCGGCUGAUGCUGAUAUUCUCUCUGCAGCCGUUCGCCGCUCCCAGGUGGAGAAGGAGCACGCGCUGCAGGAGUGCAUCGGAGGCGAUUCGAACCCGUCAAGGGGUAUUGUGCGACUAACACAGUUCGCAGAACGGCCGGAGGAAGAGAGGGAGCGGCUGCUUUUGGCUCUUAGCGAGAAACUUGAUGCGGGUGAAGAUGAUCCUUCUGGAGGUAAUCCCAGUGAUGCCGGUCCCGUUCCCCUUUGGGCGGAGUUUUCCUUUGCAAAGCACUGCACCAUUCGCGAGGAGACAAUCAAAAGAACGUCCAUUUGUGAGGCGAGCUCUAAACCUUUUGCCGGCCGGAUUCCCCAAGAAGGAGCACCCUGGGGGCAGGCCAACCAAGCCUUGAGCGACACAGAUACCCAGGUUGCACUACGCGAUGAAGAAGACCUUGUUUCAUCAUCUGUCGCUACAAGACCUCCUGCAGUAGUGUCGUACGCACCACCGCACGUUGCAGCAUCACCUGAUGGUGCAGUACCUCCUGAACCAAGAUCUUCUGAUGGACCACCAAAGCAACAAGAGGCUGGGCAGCAGCAGACAGAAUGGCGGCCACGUCAGAUGCUGAAUGGUAGCAAAUUUUCGGCUCCCCAGCAACUGAAGCAGGUGUCCUUAGGGGACGUCCAGCAGCAGCGAGAACAGGCACAGGAGAACCAGCAACAGAAGCGACAGCAAGUACAGCAGCAAAUCCAGGAAGAGUUAGCAGCCGCUGAGAACCAGCUGAAUGCACUACGUGCCGCGUGCGUUUUGCUACAGCAGCAGCAGCAGAAGUUCAUGCAGCCCCGAGUGGCUAUUCUGCGUAAGUACGGGCCCUUGCCUGCAGUGGUUUUUCGGAGUGCCUCUAUGGAAGCCCUGCAGCCACUCGUGCAGCCCCGCACCCCACCGCUGCUGGAGAGUACGUCGGUGCUGCCAGGAAAGGGUACGCAAGUGCCCUGGCGGUUUGCUUUGCCCAUUCAUCAACAACUGCAGAGCCUCGACAUGCAGCGAGGAGCCAUUGAGAGGCAAAUUGCCCAUCUUCGGAGUCUACUGUUGCCCCAAAACGGUGUAGCAGCAGCCGCAGCUGGCACGACCAAAGCGACCACGUAG